AAAAUUUCAUAACAAUUCAUUGCGCAUUCAAUAUAUUUAAUACUUACCACUCAAUUUGCAAAUUCACCAACAAUUUAAUUUAAAAUUUAUUUUAAUUUUCACAAUUGCGACAGACAAACCGAUUUCUUUUCCCACGCGUUGACGAAUCGAUGACAAAUCUGAAGCAGGGAUGGGAAAACAGGGUUGCGCACUUCGGCAAACAAAUUUAAAGGCUGCACUUCUAACAUCAAAUUAAAAAUAUAUUUUUAAACAAACUAUAUUAUAUAACGCUGUCACUGUAUAUAACAGUAUUUAGAAUAUUUAAAUGGUUUUAUAAUUAUUAAAUAUAAAAAAGGUACAAUAUUUUGCUAAGCACUUUUCUCAUACUUAAUACUAUUAAAAGCUUCCCUGAUAUAUACAAUCUAUUACAAUAAUAAUAUUGAACCAGAGAACUUAGAACAAGUUUUAAGUUCUCUGAUUGAACUUACAUUCACACAAAAUUUUUUGAAUAUGUUAUUUGCAUUUCUAAGCAUUUGAAAUAAAAAACACUGUCGUUUAAGAUCGGUGUAUCAAUUAUUGGGGUCAUAAGAUAGAAAACCUUACGGGGAUAUGGACUUUUUCAAGUAAUGCAUAAAACCACUACUUUAUUAUUGGUUUGUUUCGAUAAUGUCGAUCUAAUUAAUCGUUUUUAAAGAAUGUAUCGCAGUGUCGAUAUACAUUUUGUGUUGUAAAAAUAUAUUUCGAUAAUAUUUAACCAUUUUAAAUACUGCACGUGUUGAUUUCACAUAGUAAAUUUUGGCGUAAAUCGAGAAAGAAAUCAAUUCGUUUCCCAAAAAAAUAAUUUAAAAAUGCCACGUUCAAAAAGAGAUAAGAAAAUUUCGUUGACCAAGACUGAUCGCAAAGGGCUAGCAUGGAAACAAAAAAUUAUUGAAGAUAUACGCCACUGUGUUGAGAAAUACCCAAAUAUUUUCGUUUUUCAAGCUCAAAAUAUGCGUAACAAUCUUUUAAAAGAUCUUCGCCAAGAAUGGAAAACAAACUCUCGAUUCUUCUUUGGUAAAAAUCGCAUAAUGCAAAUUGGUUUAGGACGUAGCAAAGCUGAGGAAAUAGAAAUAGACCUUUACAAGCUUUCUAAACGAUUGACAGGACAAGUUGGUCUACUAUUCACAGAAAAAUCAAAGAAGGAAGUUUUGGAGUGGGCAAAAAAGUACUGGGCUGUGGAAUACGCUCGCAGUGGUUUUAAAGCAACAGAAACUGUUGUGUUGCCGGCAGGUCCACUCGAGGAAUUCACACAUUCCAUAGAACCACAUUUAAGAUCUCUGGGAAUGCCAACAAAACUUCAAAAGGGUGUUGUAACAUUGUUUAGUGAUUACACAGUGUGCGAAGAGGGUAAAGUGUUGACACCAGAGCAAGCGAGAAUAUUAAAACUGAUUGCGAAACCCAUGGCCAAAUUUCAAUUAACAAUGAAAUGUUCCUGGACAAAGGACAGCGGUUUUGAAUUGCAUGUUGAAGAUGAUAUUAAUGACGAGGAGGAUAAAACAGACAGUGGUCAAGGCGAUGAAGUUGAAGAUGAAGAAAUGGAUCAGGAUGAGUCAGGCAAUGAAAAAGAUGAUGAUGUAGAGUAAUUUAAUUGUAAAUAUAGAUUUAAUUAUUAGAUUUUAUUUUAUAAGAUAUAUUAACUGAA